CCCAGCCCCUAUGAUCCAAAGUCAUGAUCUCACAGGCCUCAGCUCCUCUGGUGAGUAGGACAAGAAGUAUCUACCCUGCUGCUUGUCAUAACCAACCUGGGGACAACAUGAGAUAAGAUACUUAUAUCAUCAAGCUGGGCCUCGUAAUAGCGGCUGUAAUCCCAGCACUCAGGGGGCUGAGGCAGGAAGAAUUACACAGUUCCAGAAAAGCCUGGGCUACGUGAGACUAAACAAACAAACAAACCCAGGAAAGUUGUAUACCGAUCACCUGAAGUCAGAUGAGCUUCAACACGGCUCUGCUCUGUCCCCCACUGAGGGAUAUCUAAUUGCCUCAGUUUCUUUAUUGUGAAAUGGGGUUGGUCUUCUAACACCCACAACAGGACCAUUUUAACUUCCACAGGCUCCCCAGAAAUGCUGCAUUUCCUAAGCAUGUGCACUGUACACCAGGAUCCAAGCAAUACAUCUGCCACACAGAGCAAGUGCCCUGCAUGGGUUGCAUGGGGUGGUACCUGCACUGUCCUCGUCCUUCACAUGGCUGAGGCGCUAACAUCUCAGGGCAAAUGUGAACACAUGACACAGUAGGGAUUCCUCUUACUCGGUUCAGGGGCCCUGCAUGUGUCAAAUACCCCACUAUGGCCUCAGUGGACCAGCGUUAAAGCAAGAUCUCCACGUGCAGGCAGAGCUCAUAUCAGCACGAGCGAGUUAGCAUUAUGUGAGGGUCCUUCGAGUGUCCUUACCUUGGCAGGACAGUUCUGGUCCCUUCAGCCUGUGGUGGGACAGGCUAUGACCCCUCCCCCACCCACAGCAGUCAGGGAACCUGAGGGUCUGUGAGGUCACCAAGUUCCAUGGCCCAAAGGCUCGAGGGCAAGGGUGCUGGCCCAUCUCCAACCCAAGGACUCAAGAGCUCCUGAGAGGGACACGUUGUAUUGGGAACCAGGAACACUCCAAGUGCUGACCCCUGAGCCAGGACGAGGGGCAGGAGGUGCCAUCCAGGAGGUCACGGGAGCCCCCGGCCUGGCUUGGGUGCUAUCCACGCCGCCAGGCCACCAUGGUCCUUGGCUGGCCACUGGUUCUGGUGUUGGUCCUGUGCCCGGGUGCGACAGGCAUCAAGGACUGCGUCUUCUGUGAGCUGACUGACUCCACUCAGUGCCCAGGCACACACAUGCGCUGUGGGGACGACGAGGAUUGCUUCAUAGGUCACGGAGUAGCCCAGGGUGUGGGGCCCAUCAUCAACAAAGGCUGCGUGCACUCCACCAGCUGUGGCCGUGAGGAGCCUGUCAGCUACAUGGGCCUCACCUACAGCCUCACCACCACCUGCUGCUCUGGCCAACUCUGCAACGGGGGUGCUGGUUCUGACACAGGGACCCCCAGCCUGGCCCUGAGUCUGCAGCUGCUCCUGGGCCUGUCGCUGCUCCUUCAAUACUGUCUGUGACCUACAGGAACUGCAGGGCCUGGGGCUGUGCCCUGUGCCCCCCGCCUCCACCCCUUCCCCCCAUUAAAUGGCCAGAGGGUGCAGUCUGCCUCCUGUGGCCCUGGCUUCCUCCGGGCUGGCAAGGCCCCUGACAUGCCAUCGUGAGGGGUGCGGCCUGUGACUCUCACUGCUGUGCUGUGCCCCACUGGUCCUAAGACGCACACCUUUUCACUUUGCCCAGGUGCCUCUUUGUGUCCGCGUCACCUUAGAGUUCGUGAAAUACGGUAAAAGACAAUACUACCA